AGAGAAAACAAAACUGAUCUCUCUCCCUUUCGGUGUGAGUUCAGGAAAAUGGCCGAGGCCAGUAUUUCAGUAGAUCAGCUUUCUGUGGACCAGUUCAUGUGUCCAGUGUGUCUGGAUCUCCUGAAGGAUCCGGUGGCUAUCUCCUGUGGUCACAGUUUCUGUAAGGCGUGUAUUAAUGGCUUCUGGGAUCAGAAGGACGUCUACAGCUGUCCUCAGUGCAGAGACACUUUCACUACAAGGCCUGUUCUACGCAGAAACAACAUGCUGGCUGAAGUGGUGGAGAAACUGAAGAAGACUGAAGUCCAAGAUGUGGAGUGUGAUUUCUGCACCGGGAGAAAACACAAAGCCGUCAAGUCUUGUCUGAUGUGUUUGACUUCAUUUUGUGAAACUCAUCUGAAACCUCAUCUUGAAGUUCCUGCUUUGAAAAAACACACAUUAAUUGAAGCCUCAGCAAAACUCCAAGAGAAGAUCUGCUCUGAACAUAACAAGCUAAUUGAGAUCUACUGUCGUACUGAUCAAACCUGCAUCUGUUAUUUGUGCAUGUUGGAGAAACAUAAAGACCAUGACGCUGUUUCAGUUGCAACAGAAAGAGAUGAGAAACAGAGUGAGUUAAAGGAGGAGCAGAUGAAAUCCCAGCAGAGAAUCCAGGAGAAGCAGAAGAAGGUGCAGGAGCUGAAACAGGCUGUGAACACUAUAAAGCUCAGUGCACAGACAGCAGUGGAGGACAGUGAGAGGAUCUUUACUGAGCUGAUCAGCUCCAUGGAGAAAAAGCGCUGGGAGGUGACGGAGCUGAUCAGAGAUCAGGAGAAGGCUGAACUGAGUCGAGCUGAACGACUCCUGGAGCAACUGGAGCAGGAGAUUGCUGAUCUUCAGAGGAGAGUCACUGAGCUGGAGCAGCUUUCACACACACACGAUCACAUCCAUUUCCUCCAGGUUUUAGCUUCUGGACGUCAGUCUCCUACAUGGGUCAGACUAGACUUUCGCACAUCCAGCGUCACUGUCCAUCAACAUCUCUCAUUUGAUGGAGUGAGGAAUUCUCUCUCAGAUCUGAAAAAGAGACUCGAGGAAUUCUGUGAGGAGGAAUUCAACAAAAUCCCUCCACAUGGUAAGAGGAGCUGUUCCUGCUGGAGAAACACAGUGAUGUGUUAUUUCUUAGCGAUGCUCCUGCUUUCUUUUCUGCAGACACUUUAUUCACCUGACACUUCUCUGACUCUGGAUCCCAACACGGCACAUCGUCGCCUCAUUCUGUCUGAGAAGAACAGAGUGGUGAGAGACAGUAAGAGAGAGCAGCGUUACUCUGAUCAUUCAGAGAGAUUUGAUUUCUGGCCUCAGGUGUUGUGUAAGGAGAGUGUGUGUGGACGCUGUUACUGGGAGGUGGAGUGGAGCGGUGAUGAUGUGUUCAUAUCAGUCUCAUAUAAAGACAACAGCAGGAAAGGACGGGGUAAUGAGUGUCUGUUUGGACUCAACAAUCAGUCCUGGAGUCUGUGGUGUUCUUCUUCUCUCUCUUUCUGGCACAACAACAUUAAGACUGAUCUGAGAGUUCCAUCAGCCUCCAGAAUAGGAGUGUAUGUGGAUCACAGUGCAGGAACUCUGUCCUUCUACAGCGUCUCUGACACGAUGAAGCUCCUCCACAGAGUCCACACCACAUUCACUCAGACUCUAUACGCUGGGUUUGGGUUCUACUGGUCUCCUGGUUCUACAGUGAGAUUGUGUGAUCCAGAAUAAAAGUGUGUAGUGUUUUCUGUAAAA